AUGGUAACAUGUUUCGCCCAACGUAUGUUUGUUGUAAAACAAAAUAAUAUAUAUAAUAUAUUAUUUUCGAAUAAAGUGCUCAAAUUUAUUAGUUUUCAACAUUGCAUACCUGUAUACAUGUGUAAUGUAUGUGGAAAGGAAAAUAAUAAUAGUAAUAAAUUCGUAAAUAACUAAUUCAUUUAGUAUUAUUAUGCCAUGGAAAAUGCACUUGGAGAAGAUUUGCCAAUUGGAGAAUAUCGUACUCAUAACAAAAUAAAAAAUUUAAAAAUUAGAGUCCAGGUGAGGAAAAUAAAAAAUGCAUGUUUCACAUCUCGACAGACAGAUGUUCGAGACCCGAAUGAACUGGAGCUUGUAAAUUUGAUGAAAGCAUCAUCAAAAACUUUUGAGCAUACUUUCUGUUGGCAAGAAAAAGUUGAGAAAGUUAAUGGAGAAAACAGUCAGAAUCUAGAUGAAGGCAAUAAAUCACAGAAAGAUGCAGUGAAUGUUUGCCUUUUCUCAUAUACUGAUGCAGAUAUUCUUUCAUGUAAAUUUAAGAGUGAAAGAUGUAAAACAUAUCCAACUUCACAGCUGAGUCCACUUGAAAAAAAGAUAAUUACAUUAAGGCCAAAAACUAGGUUAGGUUUUAGUAACAUAACUUGGCAGAAACCAAUAUUUUCACAUGUUAGAGAAAUAGUGAGAAACAAAAGUAGUUCACAAAAUGUAGCACUUCCCAUUGGCCAGUCUAUGGUUAUCAUGGCAGCUUUAUUUUUUGAGGAUAAUUUGUUGAGUGAAGAAAUAGAACUAUGUUUUCUCCAAGUUGAUGAUCAUGGAAUGUUAACAGUGAUUCCUGAUUUUAACAAAAGUAAACCUUUCACUUUCAUUAACAGUAGAUCAGAAACAUUUGAGUAUGAAAUAGAGAAUAUCUCAAAUUGUCUCUCAGGUGCAGAUGUUUUACAUGAAAGAAAUUUUAUGAGAAAGAUUGAACUGCACAAAAGAAAAAACAUUGAAAAUUCUGUAGGCACUGAGUUUUCACAGCCACAGCUUCAGUGUGUUUCAUUCUUUAUUAACUGUGAGUUUGUUUCUGCUCAAAACUUCCAGUUCUCUAAUAUUUUUGUUCAUUAUCUUUUGGUGCUUCCCAAAGGAUGGAAUUCUUUGAAUAAUUUAGAAGGUGUCACUCAGACAUGUAGAUGCAAAUCAAAAGAUCAGGAAACAAUAACCUACUUUGGGCACAUAUUUAAUUUGGAUAUUGGUGCAGAAGUAACAAAUGCAGAAUCAAGAACAGUUCUAUUGAAAAUCAUAAUGGAAGUAACAUCUGUUGACUACUGGGGGAAUUUUCGGAAUGAAGGUUAUGGUUUUGGCAAUAUAAUGUUGAUUCCAGGCAUUCAUCAAGAAAGUAUCCAUACCUGGAAGCUUGAACCAUCUACUUUGAAAAAUCGAUUACAAAAUUAUUUCAUAGGCGGAACACCUUGUCUAGAAGAUUUAACUUAUAUUAUAGAUCCACAUGACACAGAAGAAUCCCAAGUGUCAAAAUAUGGUGUUAAAACAAUAACCAGUGGGAAAAUUGAUUUCAGAGCUUCAGUAAUACAACAAAAAAAAAAAAAAAAGGACUGAAAUCUGAAGGAAGUACCUGUUAAUUUCAAUCAUCAGCAUCUAGGGGAAGUUCACAUGUUAAAGUCUCCUUUUUUAUGUGUUAUAUAAAAUAUAUUUUAUAACUUGCUAUCACUGAUAUCUUAAACCAAUGAAAUAUUUUGUGAACUGAAUAAAAGUUCAUAGAUAUUUUAUGUUUAUUCUGUGUUGUUUAUUUAUGUUUUUAUGUUUAUUCUGAAUAAAAGUUCAUA